AUGUUCUCUGGCAAAUGGUGGCCAGGAACCAGGGACACCCUUGGGGUGGGGACCCACGGCCCAUCCCGGGGAGCCCGCCUCUACAUCUUAUAUGGCUUCACCUACAUGGGAGCAGAUGGCCAGCAGGUGUCUCUGGCUGAAGGUGACCGAUUCCUCUUGCUUCGAAAGACCAACCCAGACUGGUGGUUGGUGAGGCCUUUGGGAGCACCUCGAAAUGCCCGACCCCUUUUUGUCCCUGCUGCAUAUGUGGCUGAAGAGUCUACACCCACUCGGAGGGCCUCUGCCACUACUGCUAGCCAAUCCCUCUGUGCCCCUAAACCAAAUCGAUUUCACUCUUCCCUGGGAGAAUUGUCUGUGCCUCAGUCAUCCCAGGGUAAAUCCCCCAGCCAGUCCUGGCAGCCUCCUCUUCCGCCAAGAAUACGAAGAAGUCUUAGUGCAACUGGACUGAGUCCCAGCCCGCUGCAAUCCCUCUCAGAUGGACUGACUGGGCAUUUGCACUCUCAAGAAGACCUGAGAACUGCGACCAACACCAACACACAGUCGGGACCUUGGUCCCCCAUGUCCGAGCCCCCUCUGUACUGUAACCUGGUGGACCUGCGCCGCUGCUCCCACACACCACCCCCAGGCCCCACUCGGCCCCCGCUACAGCGGCUGGACUUCUGGGAGCAGCAUCUGGACCUCGACUCUGGUCGCUGUUUCUACGUCCACUCACUGACUGGACAGGCAUCCUGGAAGCCUCCCCGAAGAGCUCGUGAAAAGACUCCUGACUCCAUGGAAGGGACCCCGCACCUGGGGAGAGAUGCCCAAGCCCAGCAGGCUGAGGAGAAGGGUGCGGGACCCUACAAUCAGGUGGGAGAAUCCUCACUCAGCCUCACCGGCUCCUCCUCCCAGACCUCCAUUUCGGACAACUCCCGAGGCUCCCCCGCCCGUAGAUCCCAACCUCAGCUCCUGGAUGACCCUCACGAGGUGGAGAAGUCUGGCAUGCUCAACAAGACAAAGAUUGCUGAGGGAGGCCGGAAGCUCAGGAAGAACUGGGGUUCAUCCUGGGUGGUGUUGGCAGGAAAUAGCUUGGUGUUCUACAAAGUUCCUCCAACUUCAAUUCCUGCUGUAUGGGGUCCAGCUGGCAGUCGGCCAGAGAGCAGUGUGGACUUAAGAGGGGCAACUCUGGCCCAUGGUAGACAUCUGUCCAGCCGCCAGAAUGUCCUCCAUGUGCGUACUAUUCCUGGACAUGAGUUCCUGCUGCAGUCUGAUGAUGAGACAGAGUUCCGAGCCUGGCACCGGGCACUUCGGGAGGUCAUCGACCGUCUGGAGCGUGAGAACCCUCUGGAACUGCGACUAUCUGGGUCUGGACCAGGGGAGCUUGAGGAGCUGAGCCAGGGUGAAGAAGAUGAGGAGCCAGAGCCGAAGUCCCUCCUAGGACGUCGAGGAGGAAGCUACAGGAUCUCUUGUCGGGGCCCUGAAGAGCAGAAUCGAGUGAAGAACAAACUGAAAAGGCUGAUAGCAAAGAGACCUCCUUUGCAGAGUCUGCAGGAACGGGGACUGCUCCGAGACCAGGUGUUUGGCUGCCACUUGGAGUCUCUGUGCAAGAGAGAAGGGAGCACUGUGCCAAAUUUUUUCAGGCUCUGCAUAGAUACUGUGGACAAGAGAGGUCUGGAUGUGGAUGGUAUUUACAGAGUCAGUGGGAAUUUGGCUAUAAUCCAGAAACUUCGGUUCCUGGUGGACAGAGAACGAGCAGUCACCUCUGAUGGAAGAUACCUGUUCCCUGAGCAGCCAGGACAAGAGGGCCGCCUGGAUCUGGACAGUGCAGAGUGGGAUGACAUCCAUGUCGUAACUGGAGCCUUGAAGCUUUUUCUUCGGGAGCUUCCCCAGCCCUUGGUCCCUCCAUCACUGCUGCCACCCCUUCGAGAAGUCCUUGCACUUCCUGAAUCAGAGCAGCGCUUAUCUCGGGUACAAGAGCUCAUAGGCUCAAUGCCAAAGCCCAAUCAAGACACUCUUCGGUGCCUCCUAGAACAUCUAUGCAGGGUGAUAGCACAUGCAGACAAGAACCGAAUGACCCCACAUAACUUGGGUAUUGUGUUUGGACCGACAUUGCUAAGACCAGAGCAAGAGACCUCUGACCCAGCUGCCCAUGUCGUCUACCCAGGACAGCUGGUUCAGCUGCUGUUGAAUGACUUCACCAGUCUCUUUCCUAACCCGUGAAUCCUGGACUCUGCCCUAUACAAGAUUAUUGAGAUGACCUCAAAUCUGAAAAUGGGGGGCAGGAGGAAUAGGCCUUCUAGUUGUUAGCCAUAGCAUUUGAGUAGGACUUCCCUCUGUUAGCAAACCUCCAUUUGUCAGAUACGUUUUAGGGAGAAUAUCUGUUUCGAUGGGUGAUGUCCAUUUUAAGGAUUUCCCUAUUAAGGGAACCUGUGAUAUUUUUUAAGUGGGAGAGGAGGUUCUUUGUUGGGGGAGUCUGGGAUGUUAUACCCUUUAAAUUUUGUAUCACCUAAUUUUAUCUUCAUGAUUUGGGGGGUUUAUCAGGGUCACUUUCAAUAAAGAAGGACUCACAUAUACCCCAGAUUCAUCCUGGGGGUGACCUGACCCUGAAGAAAGGGUAUUAGAUUUCCUUCAUUGCUCUGGCUCAUUAUGCCCCCAUCAAGAACAAGAACUCUGGGGAAAUCUAUUAAAUAAAACUUAGGUACAGCUCCUAUUUACUGUCUCCCCCAAAGGUGAGUAAGAAAGUCCCUUUCAGAACAGGUACUUAAUUUACAAAAUCAGGUAUAGGACAGCUAUUUGCUUUCACUUGGGUAUCUAUUGAAGCUGCUGUUACAUUUAAAUUA